CGGAGACUCCUCCCCCUCCCGGCCCAAUUGUAGUCCCUGGAAGCGCAGCCAGAGAAGCCUCUGCUUGCUCCAUCGGGGUAGCAAAGAAACUGGUUCCUCCCCUCGGUCAUUUUCUUGCGCCCUAGGAACCACCGUGUGGCAGCACAGGCGCACCAAGGCUCCGGACACCACCUGGCCCCGGCAGUGAGACCUGGGCGCGACUUCAGCACCACGGACAGCGCGCGCCGGCCGCUCAGGCUGGUGCUAUGCGGGCUGAAUGUCUGGGAGCUGCAGCCCCAUGGCGCUGCUUCUCAGCUUGGGCCUCCUCGGGCUGUUCCUAGGAGCGUGGGGUACAGACACAGAGGAGCGACUGGUGGAGCAUCUCCUGGAUCCCUCCCGCUAUAACAAACUUAUUCGUCCAGCCACCAAUGGCUCUGAGCUGGUGACAGUGCAGCUCAUGGUGUCACUGGCACAGCUCAUCAGUGUGCAUGAGCGGGAGCAGAUCAUGACCACCAAUGUUUGGCUGACCCAGGAGUGGGAAGAUUAUCGCCUCACUUGGAAGCCCGAGGAAUUUGACAAUAUGAAGAAAGUCCGACUCCCUUCUAAACAUAUCUGGCUCCCAGAUGUGGUCCUGUACAACAAUGCCGAUGGUAUGUACGAGGUGUCCUUCUACUCCAACGCGGUGGUCUCCUAUGACGGCAGCAUCUUCUGGCUGCCACCUGCCAUCUACAAGAGCGCCUGCAAGAUUGAAGUCAAGCACUUCCCAUUUGACCAGCAGAACUGCACCAUGAAGUUCCGCUCGUGGACCUACGACCGCACUGAGAUCGACCUGGUGCUCAAGAGUGACGUGGCCAGCCUGGACGACUUCACGCCUAGCGGGGAGUGGGACAUUGUGGCGCUGCCAGGCCGGCGCAACGAGAACCCUGACGAUUCCACCUACGUGGACAUCACCUACGACUUCAUCAUUCGCCGCAAGCCACUCUUCUACACCAUCAACCUCAUCAUCCCCUGCGUGCUCAUCACCUCGCUGGCCAUCCUCGUCUUCUACCUGCCAUCGGACUGUGGCGAGAAGAUGACGCUGUGCAUCUCCGUGCUCUUGGCGCUCACGGUCUUCCUGCUGCUCAUCUCCAAGAUUGUGCCUCCCACCUCGCUCGAUGUGCCGCUCGUUGGCAAGUACCUCAUGUUCACCAUGGUGCUGGUCACCUUCUCCAUCGUCACCAGCGUGUGCGUGCUCAACGUGCACCACCGCUCGCCCACCACGCACACCAUGGCGCCCUGGGUCAAGGUCGUGUUCUUGGAGAAGCUGCCUGCGCUACUCUUCAUGCAGCAGCCGCGCCACCGCUGUGCCCGCCAGCGCCUGCGCCUGCGGCGACAGCAGCGUGAACGUCAGGGCGCAGGGGCCCUGUUCUUCCGUGAGGCACCUGGGGCCGACUCCUGCACCUGCUUUGUCAACCGUGCAUCUGUGCAGGGCUUGGCAGGGGCCUUUGGAGCGGAGCCUGCACCCGCGGGUGGCCUGGCGCACCCCGGGGACCCGUGUGGCUGUGGCCUUCGGGAGGCAGUGGAUGGUGUGCGCUUCAUCGCUGACCACAUGCGGAGCGAAGACGAUGACCAGAGCGUGAGUGAGGACUGGAAGUACGUCGCCAUGGUGAUCGACCGCCUCUUCCUCUGGAUCUUUGUCUUCGUUUGUGUCUUUGGCACCAUUGGCAUGUUCCUGCAGCCUCUUUUCCAGAACUACACCAGCACCACCUUCCUCCACCCAGACCAUUCAGCUCCCAGCUCUAAGUGAGACCCUGCUCAUUUGCACCCUUCUGCACCCUACUGCCCCUGCUGUACAGUAGUGUCAGGUGGAGGAUGGACAAGCAAGCUACCAGGAAGGGGUGCUGCCCCCAGAGAUCUGUCCUCUUGCUUCACCUCCCCCUGCACCAGCAUCCCCAGAGCCAGCUGCAACGUGGAGGAAUGGACCGGCUCACAGUAUUGGCUGGUCUCCUCUCCUCUGGCCAACUGGACAACAGUGGUGGUGGAGGUGAGUGAAGGCUGCAAGGCGGGGACAGAAGUGUCCCCACCUCAAGCAGGUUGAUCAGAAGAGGCCCUGAAAGGACAGAAGGAUCCAAGACCUCCAUGUCAUGGGAGAAUGGCGUGACAGGGAAGAGAAGAGCAGCAGGAGCUCAAAUUCUAUGCUGGCCUGGCUGACACAAGGGGUAUGGCAGAGGAGAGGAGCUGGAUGUGACGUGGCCUCCUCUCUACUUCUUUGGGCCACAGCCCACAGUGCCAGAGGGUCCUGCCCGGAGGACUUGGCCUAGCCCUGCAGUCUAUCUCCUAGGAAGCCUUCUGGCUCAGUCCCACAGCCCAGUGCCUCUGAGGGAUCCAGAGCACAGCCCAAGUCCCCUUCUGCCUGGUGACAAGUUCUCUGCAUCCCAACUUCCCUCUCAUCUCUUUCUCACUGCAGCUAAGGGAGUGGUGGGCAAGGCUAGACCAUUGAGUUCUGAGCCUCUGAGCCUCUGAAUAACACACUUAGAGUUUGAGGCCCAAAUACUAAUCUGUGUGAAGAGUGCAAGCUUGCAGGCAUUAGGAUCUGGAAGAACCUUUUGCAGUCAUGGAUUCCAAAAGGGAGCCAUGUUCCAAUGAGGCCCAGUUGAGCAGUGGCUUAGUGCAUGGUACUUAAAUAACAAAUGAAGACACAGGCCUGGAAGGUGCCAUACGGCUGAAUGGCUUCCUCCCCCCCGACAAGCAUCUAUCUGGGUGGUGGCCUUUUCCCACUCUGAGCUGAUUGACUGCUGGAAGGAUGGAAAGUGAGGCUAUCAGCUUCAGGCGGCCCUGGCCUCUCUGUGCACAGCAGAGCUGGGCGGGGCAGUGGAGCUAGCGGAACAGGGGCACAUGGCUGAAACUCUGCCAUCUUUGUUGCUCAUAACCCCCUCUCUCCUAUCGCCACCUAAACUUGAGCAGCUGGAAGCAGGCUUCAGGACAGGUGUGCUGCCACCAAUGACUUACAGGAAGCAGAGCUUCAGCUGCCUACCUGGGGCCCUGCAGGCGGCUCCGAGAGCUCCGCCAGAGGCCACUUGGCCAAGGACAGAGACUUGUUAAGGAUGUUCUGCACCUUCCCCACCAUGUGACCUGUGCUCAGUGCUGGGCCAGCAAGUGGCAAUGCCCAGAGGGAUCAGUUGACCAGGUGCACCCAGGAGAUGUGACCCAGCACAGGGCAUCCUGUGUCCUGAGCCCAGAGAAACUGCUGCUUCUCCAAGCACAGAGGCAGCGGGAGACCAUGCUGAUGCAGUGGGCGGGGUGGGUGGGGGGUGGGGGAGAACACAGCAUGGGCAAGGAGCACUGGACAAGUCCUGGACACCAGCUUCUAUCUAGGCCCAGCUGCGCUACUCUCUCACUAAGCCAGUGAACACUUGCUAGGCUUCAGCCUCCUUGUUUAUAAAAUAGGGAGAGGGAUGGCCCCCUCCUGUGGAUAUAGUAAGGUGAAGGAUGCUUGUGAAAAUCUGUCACUGUACCUGGCACAGAGUAGGCACUUCAUGAACGUUGAGUUUGAGAAACCAUCAGAGUCCUAGGGAUGCCACCUCACUGCAGGCCUCGUUACCCACUCUUCCUUAAACAAGCUGUCUCCCAGUGGUGCAGGACAGGACAUCUCUAGUGAUCUGCUGGGUUGGGCUUCCUCCCUGGCAGGUCUUUGCCCUGGCUUUAUCUUUCCUUUGUGUGUGAUGGCUUAGGAGAUCUAGCCCUGCCUAUGGAGUGGUACCUCAGAGCAUCCCCACUGCUCAGAAUGGCAGCGUGGCCAUUUCUUCCUGGUGGCGUGGAAUGCCCCUGCAUCACCGAGAUGCCCUCUUCUAAAGCAGAGUUGAGGACUUCCUGGGUCAUGCGUAGGUCUAUCUUUAACUCAAGAGACCUGGAAAACAGCUGAAAUAGGUAGCAGCAACUGGAAAGGAACUCUAGCUUUGAAGGGGGACUGUGGGCUGGAGUCCCCAUCAGGUGCUGCUGGGGUUGUGCUUGCUUUUAACACCACCUACUAGUGUCUGUGGUCCAAAUUAGCCACCAGAGGGUGGUAGAAGGAUGUUAGAGAGCUAUGUGUCCAAAUUCUGUGUCCCAUUUUACAUACAGGAAAACUGAGGUGUGGAGAUGGCUUGCUGUCUGACCUAUAUAACGCGUGUACCCGUGAACCAGCUGUUCUGUGGCUGUUCAGUGGAAAUGACAGUAGGCAUGAGUGCAGCAGGGAGGGAGUAGGGGGUGCUGGAGGAAGGUUACUGGGCAACGUCACUCCUUCCCUUUGGGUACAGCCCUUUGGGGACCACCACAGUAGGGAGGAGGAAGGGCAGCGAGGGUAGGAGGUAGGCUCAGGGCAUGGGCACCGGGAACCUUUGGAGAACCUCAGUCCUGCUUUUCGGUUCCGUGCUCCCUUUUGUGAUGUCAGGGAGGCCCUGUGUCUCCUUCCCAAGGUGGGGCUGGCUCUCAAGACAGUGCUGGGCAGGAGGUGGCUCUGGAUAUGAAGAGGGAGGUGGAGAACCUGGAUGGAAAUCUGGCAUGGGGACGUGGGAGCGGAGCGUGAGAACAGGAGUUGGGAUUCAUCAACAGAGAGGCUGAGAGCAGUUGUUCUGUAGCCAUCUUUGAAAACACAACAUUCACAGCUGUCUGGCUCUGCUUCUGAGAGUCGGCACCACAGCUUGGGGUGCGGCAGCUUCCUGGCACUGAGGCCUGCACCCUGGAUCCGCUGGCACCAUGUCUGAAAGCAAACCAGACCCAGGCAGCACCCCGACCCCUCCACGUCUGUUCUGAAGGGAGGGCUCUCCACAGAAGGGCAGCAUCACUUCCCCCAGGAGACAGGACGACCUGGGAGCUCCGGCCUUGGCCAGUUUUUGGCCUCUCCAAAUCCCAGGAUUAGCAGCUGUGUCCUGUGUGUGCUCCAUGCCAGUGCUUUCACUUCCUAACAACGGCCCUGUGAGGAAGGGGCCGGGUGACAGCAGGUGAAUAGAGCUGAGCUUGAAACCCAAGACUGCCCGGAAGUGCAGACUCUCACGGUAGCCUCCCAGACAGGAGAUCUGACAGAGGAAAGUGAGGUCCUUUUGGGGCCUCUCUGCAUCAUUCCCAAGGCAGAGAGACUCAGUCCAGACAGAAGUGUGCUGUGUCCCACACCCCACAGCCCAGUGCUGACCAACUCCCCUCAAUGGCCCUGACCAGACCGAAUGGGCAGCCACCCUUCAGUAGUUAUGCUAGCAGGUCUAAGGGUCCAUGUGAUAGUCAGUGUGCUUAAGGGACCAUAGCUCUAGGAGUCAGGAGGACACCUCACACACGUACCUCUGGUGCUGGUCUCCUCACACUGCCCCUUGCUGCCUGUCUGCACUCCAGGACUAGCACCAUGGGACUAGCCCACCCUAGCUGGACUCAUUAGGAACUUGAGAUUCUCGUAAGAAAAUUGUUUCCAAAGA